AUGUCACUUUGUGCUGAUUGCUCAGAAGAUGACUUAAUCAAUGUUACUUUUGAAGUUUGCAACACCAAAGAAAGAGAAGCAGUACCUGCAUCUGUUUUUAUCAAGUAUUUGGAGGAUGUGACUGGACAUAACCAUGAAAACAGUAAACUUCUCUUGCUAUAUAAUAUGCUGGAUCCUGCAAGGCAAAAUGUUCUUGUUGACAGAAAAACCUUUCAUGCUACUAUGAAAAAGUGGAUUACCAUAUGCUAUCAAGAUGGUAUUUCAGAAACUGAACCUGAAAAGCAUGGAAGUACCACUAACAAAAAAUUUCAGUGCAAUGUUGAUAUGAUCUCUUCCAUAUCUGAUGAAGGUGUUGAAAUAUUUGAAGGAAGAGCCGAAGAUUCAGAAAUGGCAUGUGACUUAAGCAGCAGCAUUGAAGAUUUAAAAUACAUGAAUCAGAAAAUGACUAAGCAGUUAUUGAAAAUGCAGAAAGUAGUGGGAGAAUCUGAGGAAACCUGUUUACAACUGAGAGAUGAUGUUGCAGAGCUGCGAGACAGGCUAGCAAGCAUGCAAAAACCUCUAGGAAAGUUCAAAUACAUAUAUAAAGAACUUGAAGACACCAGAAAUGGAAUGGCAAACUUGAAUGAAGAAAAUCAUAUGAUUUGUGAAUGCAUCACAAGACUGAAGAAAAGUGUUGAAUUCCUCACUACAAAACUUAAUUCAUUAGAAGAGAAUGCAAAGACCCACAAAGAAGGAAAUCCUUCAGUCUGUGAAACAUCAUUUCCACAUUCAUGGGAACCCUUUCAAAACUUCUUACAAGAAAUAAAAUCUCAGAAAGAUAGCAUGUUAAAAUCCUUGAUGGAAGAAAUGGAGCUAAAACAGAAAAUGGAUCACUCAUUAGCAGUUGUAACGCAGGCACUGUACAGCUUGUGCCCUUUCAUCAAGACAUGGAACAAAGUUUUAGAGAAUUUAGAGACACUUCUACAGUUACCACAGUUUUCGGCAAAACUGGCUUGGUAUGAUUUGUGUUUCAUAUGAUUUGAAAGGCUACACUCUGAAAAGAUACUUCGCAAUGAAUUCUGCUGACAUCAAGAGGGCUUGCUUCUAAGU